AGGUUGUAACGUUCAGUCAUGCAUGAUAGAGUGACCUGUUCAAGCGAGCACUCUGGUUAAGAGCAGAGAGUUAUUGGUGUCUUUUGAAAAUUAUCAGCAUAUAGUGACAUAUCAUUCCCUGUAUCAGGAAUGGAUCUGAAUAAUAUCCUUGAGAUAAUCAAAGAGGAAAAUCUUUUGGCAAUUCGCUUCGAGCAGACUGACACCAAUGGAAUUGCAAGGUCCAAGCUUGUUCUGGCUAGACAUUUUAAGGAGAAGGCUACUAAGGGGCUUAACUUUGUUCUGUGCCACCUAGCCUUUGAUGUUCAGCUAAAUGUACUUGCACCGAAUACUGGUUAUGCAGAGGAAAUAGGUUUUGCUGAUGCUGUCAUGUUUCCUAUCUUUGAAUCCUUUCAAGUUCUUCCAUGGUUGAAACGCACAGGUCGAAUCCUGAUCGAGCCAACUUGGAAAGGUUCCGACGUAGAGGGUCAUCCAAGAGUUGUAGCUCGCAGACAGUUGGAGAAACUGAGGCAACUCGGUAUAUCUCUCUACUCAGCUCACGAACAUGAAUUCUACGUGGUGGAUAAAGAAACAAAGAAGCCACUCAACGAGGAUAAAAACGCACAUUCUGCUAUUCGAGAUACACCAUACCAUAAUCUUCUUAACAAGUUCAUGGAGUAUCUUCCUAAGGUUGGUGUAGAUGUUGAGCUAGUCGAGAACGAAUAUGGGCCUGGUCAACUCGAAAUCUCUUACAAACCUGCUUUUGGAAUAAGUGCUGCUGAUAAUGCCCACACCUACAAGACAUCUAUCAAAGAAAUUGCCAUUCUAAAUGGAUAUAUGGCAUCUUUCAUGUCUAAGCCUUAUCCUAACAAAUCUGGUUCAUCCAGUCAUUUUAAUCAUUCUCUUUGGGAUAUCAAUGAGAAAGUUCCACUCCUUUACGAUGCAAACGAUCCAUUGUCUCUUUCUGAAACAGGCCAACACUGGAUCGCUGGCAUCUUAGCUCAUGCUCCCGCUAUUGAAGUUCUUAUGGCUCCUACCGUCAACUGUCUCACUAGGGUCACCCCACAUGCUUUUGCUCCAAUCAACGCUACCUGGGGCUUCGACAACCGUACGUGUGAUAUCCGUGUAAAAAUCAACGGUCCAGAAGGAACCUACAUUGAACAUCGCGCUGGAGCCGCUGGAUGCAACCCAUACCUAUCUCUGGCUGCAACAGUUGCAGCUGGGAUUGAUGGCAUUGUCAACAAGCUCAAAUUGCCACCACAGGUCACUGGUGAUGCCUGUGAAGAAGCCGACAUUCCUCCAAAAACAGCCAACCUCCCAGCAAACAUGGAGGACGCCCUCACUGCUUUGACCAACGAUGAAACAAUCUGUGAUGCUCUGGGUAAAGAUUUCAUCAAAUGCUUCACAGCGGUGAAAAAGUGCGAAGCUAAGCAGGCGAGGGAAGCUGAAGCUAGAGGCGACAAAGAUUGGGCCUUCAAUUUCUAUUUUGAAUAUCUGUAGGUUACCUGUUGAUCAGAAGGCUAAAGCUUAAUCAAAUGCGGCAAAAUCUGAGACAAAAUGAUAUUAUAAAAUACCCGCGCUAUUUGAAAAUCUUAUUACAUCUUGCUUGUUACAUCUUUAUUUUUCCUGAUUUUACAAGCAAGUGUGCAUGUCAUGCUAGGAAAAAAAUCUGUAGGGCCUUAAUCGGGGGGGGGGGGGCACUUCCAUUAACGAGUUGAUAUCACGCGCGACCAAAGAAACACACAAAAGGGUAUAUUUUUCAAGAUUGGGAACGUUACGUACGUAACGUAAUAAGGAUGUAAACAAAACUAAAAUACUGAAAAAGGGUAUAUAUUUCGCGAGGAAAGUUAUGUGUUUACGGUCCAAUUUGCGAGGGUAUAAAAGCACUGAAAUGGUAUAGAAAGAAUGUACUUUUUGCUCUAAAACUGCGACGGAACAUACGUGAUUUUAUUUUAUUUUUUACCUGCAAGUAACUAAUUCGUGAAAUCAUCGCUGUUAAGGAGGUCAAAUCAAGGGAAUGCUUGUCAAGGAUACCGUUUUGUUUUUAAUACUUUUUAAGGGUAGGGUUUACACGCCAAUACUUGUUAAGGUUAAUUAGCACUUAAUUUUUUACAGUGUGUGGGUGUGGGUGCGUGUGCGCAUGCAGCACAUUUCUUGAUAUCCUUCUGUAUCAACAUUUAUACUUAUCAUGUUUUUCUGUUUUUACACAAACUUGGUUGGAAAAAAUUGUGUUUUUAAAUCUCUGUCCCCUAAUAACGGAAUGCCUACUUUUUUUUUCUUUUUUUAACUUUGAAUGAAAAGUACCACAACAUUGCUUAAAACGUGUCAUUCCAUUGUAAAGCCUGUCAAAAUUUGAUUUGAAAUAAUUUUUCGUGUUGGUCCUUAAAGUCUCCUCUAUCAGAGGACACGAAAAGGAAAACGAUAUUAUUCACGCUCGAAUGUUCAGACACUGACAUUUUUGUAUAGAGUGACAAAUGACUUUGCACCAAAACUGAUCGAGCAUAUCUGGGCAAACUGAAAGCAGUAGUCUGAAAGGAUUACUCCCAUUGAAAUGAUUUUUUUCCCAUUAUGAUUAUGUUAGAAUUAUGUGUCUAGUAUGUUGCAGUCAAGUGCACUUUUCCCUACGGCGGCCAUACGACUAUAAUCGAAAACAAUCGUUUUAUUCAUUUUCAUGCAAACCUCCUAUAUAUGUAGCUGGUAAACAAAUAAUAAAACGGCCGCCGUAGGGGAAAUAUGACUGUGUCAUUAGUAUUAUGAUUUGCUUUAUGGUUUUCUGAUUAAUAUUGACGUAUAUAUAUAUUAUUUUUUUAAUAAACUUAAUUGUUGGAUAUGAAUUAAAAUGAGCACAGAUAAUGAACAAGGCUUCGACUAUAUAAACCAACAGAUUUCUCAUUACAAAAGGUAGAGCAGAAUAAAAUCAUGAAAAUAA